AUGUUUACCGAAAGAUAUUUAAUUUGUUUGUGGCUCCUGGGUGACGUGAAAGACUCCGCGGUAAUAUUAGACUCAAAAAGAUCCAAGUCAUGCAUUGAUACCGGCAGACUACACACGACACGACUGAGAGAUGUUUUUAUCAAAGAUAUGAACAUGAAAGAACUUAGUGCUGACGAUCUAAUAAAAGAAAACUCCUCACAUUAUAAUACCACCCUGCCCGGCCGCCGUCCUACAGUGUGUACGGUCGGCGUGUGUCCGUCUGUCCCUGUGUCGUGGUUGUAA